GACUAAGACUUCUCCUCUGCUGUCCAAGCGCUUUGGUGCAGGGACAGCGGCCGUCUUCAGCCAAUCCAGUGCAGGCUCUCCACCGAAGGCUGGCUCUAGACUGGUGGUAUGCGUUCGAUAGCAUAGUCAUGGCCGACUGCUGCUUGUGGUUCUGACGAUUGUGCUUCUUGUUAAUCCUCUGUUGUGCUUUGGUAAUUGUAUCGAUUAGAGUUGAUAACUGUCUUGACUUGAAUUUUGUUCCUUUAAAACUGCUGUACCUAUACCAUAAAGAUGCAGUACCUUUCUCUUUUUAAAAAAUUCUAUGAAAAGUUGUAAGAAUUGAAGUGAAUUGGCCGAUGUGAAUUCAGACUGUCAGUGUGGGAUUAUGUCAUUUCUGGAAGGCCUAAAGUUGCUCUUUUCAGCAGCUAAACUUGACACAUUCUAGGAAAAGGUAUGCAUCUUUAAAUUAUUCCAUGGACACUUUUAAAAAUACUGUAACUUAAUUUAAAUGUUAGCAAUAAGUUUAAGUAUGUUUUGAGGAUUUCAUUUGUUUUAAGACUUAAAAAUUAAUGGAUUAAUAUUAUUACUACUUGAAUACUGAACAUUUUUUAUUAGAAACAAAAAAAGUUACUGAUGGUUAAGUUUAUCACUGUGUUCUUCACUUGCAAAGCUGCUGUCGGGGCGUGUGGCCACUGGGCCAUCACUCCGGCCUCCUUCCAGUGCCUGGAGCAAGAGCUUCCAGAGCCAGGUGCCUCUAGGAGGCAUCUGUAGAAUUUAUCAUUUAGAAAUCUGAGUGGGUUUGUAUGUCACUUUCUCCAGGUUGUAUUUAGGGUAAAGAUACAGGGGCAGGGUGGGGGGAUGAGUCCAGUCACAGGCUGACUCCACGGCUCGCCAUAACUGGGGCGUGUGGGGAGUAGUGACCAUAUAUCCUGUUCACCUGUUUCCUCAUGGAAUUAAUCGUUUGUUUUUGCAAUAUUGAUAAAGAGAAUAUAAGGUCUGAUUUUAGUCUAUUAAAUCUUAGAAAAAUAUAUCCAAAGAAAAAUGCUAAAAAUGUAGCCAGUUUAAAAACCUUUUAAUUUCAUAAAAAUGAAAAUUUUUAUGUUUUCUAAAUAUAAAGUUUUUUAAAUGUACUAAUUGUGAUGAAACUUGUAGUAUUUUGUUGCUUUGUCUGAUUUUAUGAAUGUUCGUUUUAAGACUCCUUGUUGCAAUGGGACAAUUUGGAAACGAUUCUUUGCUAAGCUGAGAAGAGGACUUCCCUGUGGGCACUGAGCCUGCUCUGCGUGGUGUGCCUUUGCAUCCGAACUGCACCAGGGUGUUUCCCUUUCCAAGUGGACGCCCUCGGGGAAGCCGCAGCUCGGUCGUCCAGAGACGGGCCCGGCCGUGAGCACUCUUCGCGGACAAGGGACUCAAGAGGACAGCUGGCCUCACAGCAGCCUUGCAGGCUUCGCGCUCAGCCAGUUGAUUUGAGAAUUACAUGAACGACAGCCUUCGCACUGACGUGUUUGUGCGGUUCCAGCCCGAGAGCAUCGCCUGUGCCUGCAUCCACCUCGCUGCGCGGACGCUGGAGAUCCCUCUGCCCAGUCGUCCCCAUUGGUUUCUUUUGUUUGGAGCAACUGAAGAAGAAAUUCAAGAAAUCUGCUUAAAAAUUCUGCAGCUUUAUACACGGAAAAAGGUUGAUCUGACACACCUGGAAGGUGAAGUGGAGAAGAGGAAACACGCCAUGGAGGAGGCAAAGGCACAAGCCAGGGGCCUGCCGCCCGGGGGCACACAGGCUCUGGACAGCACGGCAGGGUUCUCGCCCGCCCCCAGGCUGGUAGAAUCCCCCAAAGAAGGCAAAGGGAACAAGGCUUCCCCGCUCUCUGUGAAGAGUACCAAGAGGAGAGUGGAGGGCGUGAAGCAAGCCAAGGCCGACAGCCCCGUGAAUGGCUUGCCAAAGGGGCGAGAGAGUCGAAGUCGGAGCAGGAGCUGUGAGCAGAGCUACUCGAGGUCCCCGUCACGAUCUGCUUCUCCUAAGAGGAGGAAAAGUGACAGUGGCUCAAUGUCAGGCGGGUCCAAGUCACAGAGCCGCUCUCGGAGCCGGAGUGACUCCCCACCGAGACAGGCGCACCGCAGCGCCCCCUACAAAGGCUCUGACGGGAGGGGCUCCAGGAAGGCCAAGGACUACAAGUAUCCCACCCAGAAGCCACACAAAUCUCGGAGCCGGAGCUCAUCCCGCUCUCGAAGCCGGUCACGGGAGCGGGCAGAGAAUUCUGGAAAAUACAAGAAGAAAAGUCAUUACUCUAGAGACCAGCCACGGGAACGCUCGAGGUCGUACGAGCGCACGGGCCAUCGCUAUGAGCGGGACCACCCUGGGCACAGCAGGCAUCGGAGGUGAGGCGGGUCCUGCUGACUGGCAGCCAGGGCCCCUUGCCCUGGAGUGUCUGUCUGGCGGCUGCCCUUAGACCCUCCCUAUUGUGCGCAUCUCGGCCGAGCAGCCCUGCGGCACGAUUCUUUCCGGAAAUGGUUUCUGACCAGACUUUGAGAUGAAUUUGGAAAUGGAAUUGAGGGGACGGUGAGGUGUGCUUCAGGCUGGCCUGGGGCUCAGCACACACCUGUCCCACCUCGGCAGGAGCCCUGCGGGCAGCUCGGUGGAAAAGCAAACCCACGCGGCCCGUGGUGUGGCCUGGUGCUAUCUGUCGGCAGCCACCUCCUCACCCCACCAGUGCUCAAUUACGUUAAGCCAAGAAGGAUGAUUUUUAGAACCUCUGCCUAUAUUAGGUUGUACCAUGUACAUAUUUUGCAGUGUUUCACAGUGAGAAAAUGGCCUUAAUAGCCCCUUAUUCUCUGUCCAUGUUGUAAAUAAACGUGUUUAAAACAAGUUAAAGCUAUAUAUGAAAACUCAGAACUUGAAUUCUGUCAGCUUAAAAUUUGCGUGGGGAAUUCUGAUUUUUUACUUGUGAAGGUAUUUAGACCUGUGCUGAAAGUCGUAUAUUUUUAUCUGUGCAAUGCUGAGUGCAGGCCACCAGCUCCUAGAGGUUUCCUAUAUAUGCAUUUUAUGUGGUUGAAUAAACACAACUCUGCUCAGGA